AUGAACUAAGGGAAAAGGAAGUCGUUUCCGUUUUGCCAAAUGGCACACUUCACAACGAACAACUUUAGAAGGAAUUACAUUGGAAGACUGUCUACUAAUGACUUCAGUUCUAGAAAUGUGAGGAUGGCCUAAUCUGGCACGCCAGAUUUCAAACUCUUGAGGAUGAAGAUUGUAAACUGGUAAGGCAAGACACUUGGGAGAAGAAGGUAAUUGUGUCUUGGCAAAGAGGUAAAGUCUUUUAUCCACUUGGGCUAAACCAAUUCUCCUUUGAGUAAUAAGGUUCUGUAUCACACAGUAAGAGGAUUCAAAAGUGAGCGAGACUAGGUUUGUUUUGGUUAACUUACUAACAGAAACAAGAUUGUAGCUGAAAGUGGGGACAAACAAAACUUGGGAGAGAAACAAUCUAGAAAGUGACUUUACUAUCCCUAUGUGUGUGGCUUUCACUUGUGAACCAGUAGGUAGAGUAACAUAGACAACUUCUAGUGGUGUAUACUUAAGGUAAUAGUCAAGAUCACACAUAAUAUGAUAUGUGGCACAUGUGUCCAGCACCCAUAGAUGUUCACCAGAAGAGGCAAUCAAGGCAGAGAGUGUUGUGGUACCUGAACUGGAAGGGAAGUAAUUGAGCUAUGAUGGAGGCCUUGUCACUGAGUUGGCAACAUGAAUAGAUGGUGAUGAUGGUGGUGAUGGAGUGGGGGUCUUGGAAAGGAGAAGUUUCAGUUUCUCCAUCUGAUCAGUUGUGAACAAGUUUGCUAGGCCACUUCUUGUGUCUUGAGGAAUGGAAGAAGACUUAUCCAAAUGGUUACUCUCAACUGAGCUAGCAAAACCUGACUCAGAAGCUGUCUCUCGUGCCUUUUUGUUCUUCAAUUUGUAACAAUCACGAAUGACAUGACCUUCCUUCUUGUAGUAACUAAUUGUUGGUACUAAUUCUUCCUCUAGGUGGAUACUGAACACCUGCAUUAGAUCCAGCAGCAGCUAGAGCAAGAGAAUCAACUUUGGUGUUUCUAGUCACGACCUUCAGUUGACGUUCUAGUUGCAGAAUUUGUUUGAAAACUAUGUGAAUACUAGGUAAGACUGGAAGCAUCAGAACCUGUGUUCUAGCUGAUUGGUAAGCACCAUUCAAACCCUGAAGGAACAACAUAACAAAAUCAUUGUCCUGGUACCAUUUUAGUGUUUCAUACGGUUCAUGAACAUAAGGACACACUGGAAUAUGUCUAUGUCUCCUGUAUUCAUCCCAUAUGAAAUUAAUUGCAGUGAAAUACUGACUCACACACUGAUCUCCUUGAACACAUUUAGACAAUUGGGCCUUGAGAUCAUAAACCCUAAUGUUAUCCUCCUGACUGAAUAUAUUUUUUCAAAUUAUCUCACAUAUCUUUGGCUAUAGCUAAUUCCAUAACACUAUUAGUUAUAUCAUCGGACAAAGAGUUGUAGAUCCAGCAAUGAAUAGUCCCAUUGCAACGAGCCCAAGACUGAUAGUGAGCAUCAGUUACCUGUGGGAUUGGAAUUCGGACAUCGAUGAAUUGGGUCCUGUUUUUUAUUUCAAGAGCAGGCCACAUGACCUCACUCCAUGUAUGGUAGUUGCCAUCUAUGAGCUUCAAGGUGACGAUGGUGGGAAGAGCUCCAUCUUGCGAUGGAAGGUAUUAAGGGUUGAGAUAAGGAUCUUCAUACUGACCCAUUAUGGAUUUGAGACGAUCUGGUGAAUCAGAUUCACCAACUGAUUUGUCGGAUUCUUUUUGUAGCAGAACCAGACAUUGCAACAACAAAUGUAAGAACAGAGAAAACAAAGAAGAAGAGGUAGAAAAAACAAACCCUUAAGUUAGGGCAAAAUCGGAUCUAGCAGAUAGUGAUUAGAAAUUGUGAUAGAAAUUGUGAGACAGUGGUUAGAAGUAAUUGCAGAUAGUGAUUAGAAGUAGUUACAGUAGCACUGAUGUCUUGUAUCUGAAGUUUUUCGAGGAACUUGGUCAUAAUUGUGGCCAGAUUAGAUCUUAAUAGAAAGCAACAACAAUUACCGUGAAUUUUUUUUUAUGGAUCCAGCGCGAUGAGCAAUGCCUGAUACCAUGAGAAGAUUUGCACUCGAAGGGUAAAUUGCAGAGAAAGUCAGAUUGGGGAAAUUCGCUCAUGUUGAGCUUUUCCAUUGAGAGAAGCUUAUAUACACACUAAUCCAUUUACAGUUCCACCAGCCGUUAAUCUAACAACAAAUUGACUACCCAAUAGGAGUUGUACAACUGUCUAUCUACACAGUAAAACUUGAAAACGAAUCCAAUGAAUGAAACAGUCCAGAUUGUGCGUCGUCUUUGUUCUGUUCUUCAUCUGGGUUUAUUCGUGCAGGAUCCAAAGAUGAACUUACCUUGCUGUGGACUCCAGACAUAGCAACUAAUGCAGGAGUUGUGUCCAGAUAAUCUUCACUCCUUUUCACUAUCCUCUAGGAGUAGUAAUAAAAUACCUAGAAAUAAUUAGAACGAAAACAUAUUAAACGAUGGAAUAUAUUUCCGCAAUGCAAUCAAAGAAUCAAUUUGAAUUUGAUUGAGGGAAGGGGAUGAUUGACGUACUUGGUGGUGAGUUAGUAUGGGGUGAUGACAUUGAGCAGGUAUCUCAAUACUCAUACUCGUUUUGUAUUAAGUGUGAGUUAGAUCGGUUAAUAUUGAUGCGGAUACUAUCAUUUGGAAGGAAAAAAAUAUCGAAAUUUAAUUUCUUACGAGAAGACAGAGAAAAUAAUUAAUAAGUGAAUUAGAGAUAUAUUAGAUGGAAUAAUAGAGUCCACAUUUAAAUGAUAUAUGAAGUCUUGAGCUUAUUCAAAAAUUGGUUGGAAUGAAAACUAUGAUUUUGAAAAAUUCAAAAGAAAUGAAAUGCAAGUAAAUAUUAAUGCAAAUCAUGAUAGAGUCAGUCGAAAAUGGGGCAAGAUAGCCAGACAGGGCGUGAAUUACCCGAUUUGUUAGUUAAUAAAAAUAUUAAUAAUUAAUCUGUUAAAAUUUAAACACUCGUGACUGAUUUCUUAGCAUUAAUCCGAAUCCACAUUUUAUCAAGGUUGUCGAUUUAAGUCGUUGAGCCGAUCAAGCAAGUGAUUUGCGAUCAAUGGUCUGAUCAUGGUCCGACUUGUUUGAGCCGUUUAAUUAUUUUUCUAAAUAUACAUACAAAGAAGGUAGGAAUUUAAAAAAAAAAUUAAUGACCGAAACAAAACUUACCAUAUAUGUAUCUAUUAGAAACUCACUUUACAUAAAAAAAAGGGUUAAUAUUUUCGUAUGGCCUGAACUUUUACCAAAAUAAACAUCCUGGCCAAUCUUUUCGAUCUAUAACAUCCUGGCCCUAGCUAUACACCAAAAAAACAAUUUGGCCAAACCCGAUGUUUGAGCGUUAACUUGGACGGUCAAAUGCGUUGACUAACGGUCAACUCGUCACUACCAAGUUAGAGGAUCUGAUAAAGAUUUAAUUUUUUC